UCCAAAAAGAUUUGCCGCCGCUUUUUCGUACCGUUUAGUCGCCUUCCGCGUUUGUUUCGCACAGUCCGCUGUCGUCCAAUCGAGUUAUCUUAAAAUCGUAAUCUUUUACCGUCGCCAUCAACGACACCGCUACUAAUAUUUGUUACAGUUUUUUUUAAAGUUUUAAAAGUUUAGUUAUAAAAAAAUCACCGUUACAAGUUGGACUAUUUUUCAGUUAUUGUUGUUUGCCAUUCGAGAUUAAGUGCAAAAAAGUUUUGUGUCACGUCCCGUGUCAUUGUUCACGAUGCCCGUCUCAAACGGUCCCCGCAGUCAUCGUUGCGCAUGAAACCAGCCAAUCGAACGUGUUGACGGCAUAACACGUGCACCAUGAAACCGUUUGUGGUAGGCGUAAUGGGAUUGACCGUGAUGGCCAUCGGGACGUUUCACUGUGCCAAGUGUUCGCAAAACGGAGACGGAAAGCAAAAUUCAGUGCCGAAAAGUGAAGGUAAAGAACUAAAUAAACAAUCAACUACUGUUCGCCCCACCACCGUACAAACACUAAAUAUCACUAGUUCUGUAGGAACUAGCACGACUACGACAGAUUCAUCAAAUUCAACACAGUCCAGUAUUUUAGAUGAUACACAAUUACAGCGAAUACUGCUCAAACCUAAGUUUUUAACGGAAAACUCGUCAACGAUAGUUGCCCAAACUGGAGCUUCAAGUCGAAUAUCCUGUCUAGUUUCUAAUUUAGGAGACUGUGUGGUGUCGUGGAUUCGAAGACGAGACUAUAGACUUUUAACAGUUGGUUUAUCAACAUACACAGAAGACUUGAGGUUUCAAUCUUUACAUCAUAUUCAGACAGGGGAUUGGACACUUCAAAUCAAAUAUGUGCAAUUAAGAGAUGCAGGACUAUAUGAAUGUCAAAUAUCAUCUCAUCCUCCAAAAAGCAUAUUUAUAAAUCUUAAAGUUGUCGAAGCUCAAGCUGAAAUCGCCGGUGCUUCUGAAAAGUAUCUUAUGCUUAACAGUCCUUUACACCUUGAAUGUGAUGUCCGACAAAGUCCUGUUGACCCAGUGUACAUAUUCUGGUAUCACGACAGUAGGAUGAUCAACUAUGAUAUCGACAGAGGGGUAAAUGUGACGUCAGAUUUACCCAAAAAGCACAGUGCUCUGUACAUAGAACGUGCUUCUCGGGAACACUCGGGAAAUUAUACAUGUGCACCUAGCAACGCAUUUCCCGCAAACACUGUCAUCCAUAUACUUAAUGGAGAAAACCCAGCAGCUAUGCAGCAUGGUCAUGGCCGAAGUCUAAAUAUGCUGAGUUGUCCGUCCAUUUGGAUCCUUAUACCGUCCUUAGUGAUGUUUAUAAAUUUCAACACAUAUUAGCUUUUAGUUAAUGCCUACAUUUCAUGUAGGAAAAUAUUUAAUCAAAUGUAUAGUACGUGUACCUACCAUUAUUGAAUAAUUUGUUUUUU